AUGCCUUUAGUGAAGAGGAACAUCGAGCCCCGGCACUUGUGCCGGGGAGCCCUGCCGGAGGGGAUUACCAGUGAACUUGAAUGUGUAACCAACAGUACCCUUGCUGCUAUCAUACGCCAGCUCAGCAGUCUAAGCAAACAUGCUGAAGACAUAUUUGGUGAGCUGUUUCAUGAGGCUAACAACUUCUACAUCAGAGCAAAUUCUCUUCAAGACAGAAUUGAUCGCCUCGCUGUCAAAGUUACCCAGCUGGAUUCAACAGUGGAAGAGGUGUCACUACAGGAUAUCAACAUGAAAAAAGCUUUCAAAAGUUCCACAGUCCAAGACCAGCAGGUGGUUUCAAAGAACAGCAUUCCUAAUCCCGUUGCUGACAUUUACAACCAGAGUGAUAAGCCACCUCCUCUGAAUAUUCUUACGCCGUACAGAGAUGAUAAAAAGGAUGGGCUGAAGUUCUACACAGAUCCUUCCUAUUUCUUCGACCUCUGGAAAGAAAAAAUGCUCCAGGACACGGAAGACAAAAGGAAGGAGAAAAGGCGUCAAAAGGAGCAAAAGCGUAUAGAUGGCACAACCCGUGAGGUGAAAAAGGUUAGGAAAGCCAGAAACAGGCGCCAGGAGUGGAGUAUGAUGGCAUAUGACAAAGAGCUUAGACCCGACAACAGGCUGUCUCAGAGUGUGUACCACGGAGCGUCUUCCGAGGGAUCCCUGUCCCCAGACACUAGGUCGCACGCAUCGGAUGUCACCGAUUACUCUUACCCGGCGACCCCCAACCACUCUCUGCAGCCGCAGCCCGUGACCCCUUCUUACGCGGCCGGCGACGCACCACCGCACGGGCCGGCAGCCCAGGCCCCCGAGCAUGAGUACCGACCCCCCUCCGCCUCGGCGAGGCACAUGGCGCUGAACAGACCCCAGCAGCCGCCGCCGCCACCCCCACCGCAGGCCACAGAGGGGUCCCAGGCCUCCGCGCCCAUGGCGCCAGCAGACUACGGGAUGCUCCCAGCACAGAUCAUUGAGUAUUACAACCCCUCAGGACCGCCGCCUCCUCCGCCGCCCCCCAUGAUUCCUUCAGCACAAACUGCUUUCGUCAGCCCUCUCCAGAUCCCCAUGCAGCCCCCCUUCCCUGCCUCUGCGGGCUCCUCCUACGCGCCUCCUCCCCACCCUCCCGCCGCGGGGCUCGUGGUCACGGCCCCGCCACCUCCGGGCCCACCGCCGCCCCCGCCGGGUCCUCCUGGCGCAGGGUCUUCUCGAUCCUCCUCCCCGAUGCAUGGCCCCCCAGCAGCCGAGGCAAAGCGCCAGGAGACGGCACAGCCACCCAUAAGCGAUGCUCGAAGCGAUCUGCUUGCCGCCAUUCGAAUGGGGAUUCAGCUGAAGAAGGUGCAGGAGCAGCGUGAACAAGAAGCCAAGCGCGAGCCAGUUGGGAACGACGUGGCCACGAUUCUGUCCAGACGCAUCGCCGUGGAGUACAGCGAUUCUGACGACGACUCCGAGUUCGACGAGAACGACUGGUCCGACUGA